AUGUAUUAAAAAGCGGUUGCCAAUGGCGUAUGCUACCAAGUGACUUUCCUAAGUGGCAGUCAGUAUAUUUUUAUUUUAAGAUAUGGAACGAGAACCCAAAAUCUAAUACAGGCAGUGUGUUGGAAGCAGUCUUAAAAAAAAUUGGUAGGCUUAAUACGUACAAAAAAUGGCAGAAAAGAAAUGACUAGUUUCUGUAUAAUUGAUGCUCAAAGUGUGAAAAAUACCGAUACUGCAGAAAAUAAAGGUUACGAUGCAGGUAAAAAAGUCUCGGGGAUAAAACGCCAUAUAGCAGUAGACACCCAAGGAUUACCGCAUGCCAUUUGUAUAACUACAGCUAAUGUAACUGAUAGAGCAGGUGCGGAGCUAAUGUUUGAAACAGCUAAAGAUAAUUUAGCUGAAGUACAAAACGUAUUGGCAGACGGUGGAUAUCGUGGUGAAAAAUUUGCUGAAACGGUAAAUGAGCUAUUGAGCGCAACAGUUGAGGUUGUUAAAAGAAAUGAGUUACAUAGCUUUGUAGUCCUGCCAAAGCGCUGGAUAGUAGAACGUUCAUUUAGUUGCUUAGAAAAGUGUCGUAGGUUGUGGAAAAAUUGCGAGAGGCUUAUGAAUACAAGUUUGCAUAUGGUGAUCUUAGCUUUUGUAACAUUAAUUUUAAGAAGAUUCUAAACAGGUUCUAAGGAAUUAAAGAUAUAAAAAAUCCACCAUUACACUUAUAGUUGUUAAAAUGAGUUUCUCACAAAACAAGUUACAACUGACGGAGCAAUGAUGGAUUUAGUAGAAUUAUAUGUUAUUAUCGACGAUUUUUGCAAGGCGUUUAUGCCUAGAUACCUAAAAAUUCUGAAAAAUAAAAAGCAAAUUACUCGGGUUAGAACUGGGAUGCUUUCAACCAGUGAGAUAGUCUGGAUUAUUUUAUUAUUUCAAGAGUCAGGUUUUGCUUGCUUCAAAUGGUAUUAUGACAAUAAAGUCUUAACUGAAUACCGCUGUUAUUUUAGGCAGUUACCAAGUUAUAACCGAUUUACCGAGCUAAUGCCAAAUAGCUUACUCGUCUUAUUAAGGCUAUUCAAUUACUUAACUUACUUGAACCGCCGUAACUCCAUUGGUAUUGAAUAUAUAGAUAGCACCAAAAUAGGCGUAUGUCACAAUAAACGAAUUCGUAGCAAUAAAGUUUUUAGUGGAGUAGCGGAAAUAGGCAAGUCCACUAUGGGGUGGUUUUUUGGCUUUAAGCUGCAUAUUACUUGCAAUACUUCAGGCAACUUAACUGGUAUGUCAAUUACUAAAGGCAAUGUUGAUGACAGAGUCCCAGUUGUAAAGUUAAUCAAUGGAUUUAAAGGCAAACUCUUUGCUGACAAAGGUUAUUUGAGUAAAACAUUAGCGGCACAACUUGCGGCUAUGGGCGUGACUCUUAUAACUACAGCCCGAAACAAUAUGAAAUCGAGAUUAAUGCCUGCUGAGCUUUUUGACGUUAUUAUGUUGAAGAAACGCUCCAUCAUUGAGUCAGUUUUUAACUUGUUAAAGAACCGCUUGCAGCUUUGUCAUACUAGACAUCGGAGUAUUGCCAAUUUUGUAGUAUACAUAAUUUCAGUUAUUACUGGCUAUCAGCUAUUUGCUAAUAAGCCUAAAAUCACUUUAAAUAAUUUAAUAUGCCCAUCGGAUUAAGCCGAGUUGGCGUUAGAACGCACAACUUUUAACACUUUACAAGCUUGGCUAACAUUAAGAGUUCCUUGA